AAAGCUCUCUGCGUCUGUUUCACCUCGUUCUUCAGCGGCGCUUUACCCUUCAUGCAGAACAUAUAACAAAACAUUCCGGCGGCACGCUUCCUCCUGGCUCCGUGCGCCUGUACAAUACACAUUGCCAACGGCAGGGCUGAGAACAGUGUUUUCCUCGGGUCAGCUGUGAAAACUCGGAGAAUAAAACCCGCAGGGCGCCUCCUCACGCUGAUGCCCCUCCCGCAGUCGCCGCGUUGCUGGGACACCAGGCCCGCCCCGACGCCGCCGGAUAGGGGCGCCGCCAUGUCGGGGCCGGGGCUGGGGCCGCCAUGUCGGGGCCGUGUCCGGGGCGGGCCGGGGAGGCGGACAGGACGCUGUUCGUGGGCAACCUGGAGAGCCGAGUGCGGGAGGAGAUCCUCUACGAGCUCUUCCUGCAGGCUGGACCAUUAACCAAAGUGACAAUUUGUAAGGACAAAGAAGGAAAGCCGAAGUCUUUUGGAUUUGUCUGCUUUAAGCACAAAGAAUCCGUGCCUUACGCAAUAGCUUUGCUGAAUGGAAUCCGUUUGUAUGGAAGACCAAUUAAAGUACGGUAUCGGUUUGGGAGUUCGCACUCAUCAGAACUAAACAGCCCGACACAUGGUUUCGAGAACUAUGUUGACUUAUAUUCACCUUCAUAUAGGUAUCAAGAACCUCAUGGAAAUGUGCCAUUUCCUGUUACUCCUUUUCCAACGAACAAUAGUUUACCUCAGGAAUACUCAGUCUUUCAAAAGAUGAAAUGCAGCCCCGAGGAAAAUGUUUUUUGCGUCAGUAAAUUAACAUAUUCCUGGUUUAGCAGACUAAUAUCUAUAGGCUAUAAAAAACCAUUGGAGAGGGAUGACCUGUUUGAGCUGAAUGAAAGUGAUUCACCGUACAGCGUGUGUCCUAACUUUGAAAAGCAAUGGAGGAAAGAAAUCCAAAAGUCUACUGCGGGAUUGACGGCUUCUUACAUCAAAAGAAUGCUAUGCAAAAGAAAGACAGCAAGUUUCCAUAAACAAUCUUUGAUUCUGCCACUAUGGCAAACAUUUAAAUUUUUAUUGAUUAAAGUUGCAUUUCUAAAAGUUGCAGCUGACAUUCUGCCUUUCAUGAGUUCACAAAUAAUGAAAUCAUUGAUAACUCUAAGUGAAAAUCACCCUAGUUCAUACGGAAGUGGAUAUGGCUACGCUAUUGCCUUUUUUUUUGUAGCUCUCUCUCAAACUCUCCUACAUCAGCUAUACCAGCGUAACAAUAUGCUUACUGCAGUCAAAAUCAAGACUGCCAUUGUUGGCCUGAUAUACAAAAAGGCCUUAACUUUAGCAAAUUCCUCACGACGAAACUAUACAACUGGGGAAAUUGUGAACCUGAUGUCAGCAGAUGUUCAGCAACUCAUGGAGCUAACUGUAAACAUCAACCUGUUGUGGUCAGCGCCUUUUCAGAUCAUCAUGGCUGUUUUCUUUCUUUGGAAAGAACUCGGCCCCUCUGCCCUAGCAGGUGUAGCGGUGCUUCUUUUGGUUAUACCUAUAAACGCACUUAUUGCAGCCAAAGUAAAAAGUCUGAAGAAGAGUCAAAUGAAAUAUUCAGAUCAACGAGUCAAGCUACUAAGUGAAAUGUUACAUGGAAUAAAGAUCCUCAAACUUCAUGCAUGGGAACCUUCAUAUCAAAGAAAGGUCAUGAACAUUAGAGAAAAUGAAGUGGGUGUUUUGAGGUCAUCUGGCUAUCUGACGACUUACUCCAUGCUAACAUUGACAUGUAUUCCUUUCAUGGUCUCAUUGGCUACAUUUGGAGUCUUCUUUUAUCUGGACAAAGAGAACGUUUUAACAGCAACUAAAGUUUUUACAUCUAUUACUUUAUUUAACAUUUUGCGACUGCCUUUGUUUGAUUUACCAUCUGUGAUCUCUGCUGUGGCCCAGACCAAGGUUUCUCUGAGACGUUUAGAGGACUUUCUGUGUGCUGAGGAUCUUAACCCUGAGGAUGUUAAUACAAGCUACAGUGGAAAUCAUGCUGUUGGGUUUAUUGGUGCUUCUUUCCGCUGGGAGAAAAAUGGCCUGCCAAUCUUAAAAAACUUGAGUGUCAGCAUUCCUGAAGGCUCUUUAGUUGCUGUUGUGGGACAGGUUGGAUCUGGAAAGUCAUCUUUUCUUUCUGCUAUUCUUGGAGAAAUGGAGAAACUUGAAGGAACAGUUCAGAGAAGAGGUUCAGUGGCAUACAUUGCUCAGCAAGCUUGGAUUCAAAAUGACAGUUUACAGGAGAAUAUUCUCUUUGGCGCAAAUCUAAACAGGUCAUACUAUGAGCUUGUUUUAGAGUGUUGUGCUUUACUGCCAGAUUUGGAACAGUUACCAAAGGGAGAUCAAACAGAGAUUGGAGAAAGGGGCAUCAAUAUAAGUGGAGGGCAGAAGCAGAGAGUGAGUCUUGCUAGAGCUGUGUACAGCAAUGCUGACUUGUAUCUUCUGGAUGACCCCCUAUCUGCUGUAGAUGUACAUGUUGGGAAACAUCUUUUUGAAAAGUUAAUUGGGCCUUCAGGCCUCUUAAAAAAUAAGACUCGUGUAUUGGUGACACACAACCUAAUGCUCCUGCCUCAUGCUGAUCUUAUAAUAGUGAUGGAAGAGGGCAAAAUAAGUGAAAUGGGGACCUACCAGGAACUCAUAUCAAAGAAAGCUAAUUUUGUUGAGCUUAUUCACGUCUUUGGUGCAGAGAAUAGAAGUGAAGAGACAACCCCAAAGGAAGUGAUUUCUUCAAAAGAAAAGUGCCAACUAGAGAGAAGUCUGAAACAAAGAGAAUUGCAGAAACUCAAACAUUCUUCCUUUGAUCAGUGGAAAAUACUCACAAACAAUAAAGAAAAAGUUGCCACUGGUGGUAUGAAGCUGUCAAUUGUUUUAAAGUAUCUCCAGGCCUUCAACUGGCGAUGGAUGUGGCUGACCAUAGCUGCUUAUUUAGGACAAAAUGCACUAGCCAUUGGACAAAAUCUGUGGCUUAGCACCUGGACUGCAGAGACAGCAAAAGCUAAUGAUUUCACAGAAUGGAAACAGUCACAAAACUACAAACUUGGUAUUUAUGGGCUUAUGGGAUUCUUACAAGGUCUUCUUGUUUGCUGUGGAGCGUAUGUGCUCACCAGGGGCUCUCUUUGUGCUUCUCGGGAGUUACAUCACCAGCUGUUAGACAGUGUAUUGCACCUUCCUCUUCAGCAUUUUGAAACUAAUCCUGUAGGUCAGAUCAUCAAUAGAUUCACAAAGGACUUAUUUAUAGUAGACAUACGUUUCCAUUACUACUUACAAACUUGGCUGAAUUGUACACUGGAUGUUAUUGGAACCAUUCUAGUUAUCACAUUCGCCUCACCACUAUUCAUAGUGGCAGUUAUUCCCCUGGGAUACUUGUAUUUUACUAUCCAACGAUACUACAUAGCAAGUUCACGACAAAUUCGACGUCUAGCAGGAGCGUCGCAUUCUCCAGUGAUCUCCCACUUCAGUGAGACUGUCCUAGGAAGAUCAACAAUUAGAGCAUUUGGCCACCAGGAGAGAUUCAUUAGAAAAAACUAUGACAUUGUGUAUGAGAAUUUAGUUUACUUCUACAACAAUGUCAUCUCAAACAGGUGGCUGUCUGUCAGGCUUGAAUCUCUAGGCAAUCUAAUGGUGUUCUUUGCUGCACUGUUUGUAGUACUGGCUGGAAAUACAGUGAGUUCUUCUACAGUGGGUUUAUCAAUAUCAUAUGCUCUAAAUAUAAUUCAGAGUCUCAAUUUUUGGGUGCGUAAAGCAUGUGAAAUCGAGACCAAUGCAGUUUCAAUUGAAAGGGUGUGUGAAUAUGCAAACAUGGAUAAAGAGGAACCAUGGAUAACAUCAAAAAGGCCACCAGUAGGGUGGCCUGAUAGAGGAAUAAUACAGUUUGUUAACUACAGAGCUCAGUACAGGAAGGAUCUUGGUUUAGCCCUGAAUGACAUCUCUUUUCAGACACGGAGUAAAGAGAAGGUUGGAAUUGUUGGAAGAACCGGAGCUGGUAAAUCAACGCUCACAAAUUCCUUAUUUAGAGUUAUAGAGGGAUCUGGAGGCAAAAUAAUUAUAGAUGGAAUUGAUAUAUCAACUAUUGGACUCCAUGACCUACGUAGAAAUCUUAACAUUAUUCCACAGGACCCUGUCUUGUUUUCUGGGACGCUGCAGUCAAACUUGGACCCACUUGGAAAACACUCUGAUCUUGAACUGUGGGAGGCACUGGAACUGUGUCACUUAAAGACUUUUGUUGAGUCACUCCCAAAGAAGCUCCUUCAUGAGAUUUCAGAAGGUGGUGAAAACCUCAGUGUUGGCCAGAGACAGCUGGUCUGUCUGGCCCGUGUUUUGCUACGAAAGACAAAGAUCCUGGUCCUUGAUGAAGCAACAGCUUCUGUUGACAUGGAAACAGAUAACUUGGUGCAGUCCACCAUCAAAAGAGAAUUUUAUAACUGCACGAUAUUAACUAUAGCACACAGGUUACACACAGUCAUGGAUUCAGAGAGAGUGCUUGUUCUGGAUGCAGGAAGGAUUCUAGAAUAUGAUACACCAAAUAAUUUGUUACAACGAAAAGGUGCCUUUUCUGAAAUGGCUGCAAAGGCUGGAAUAACAAGAUAAAGAAAACUAAUGAAGAUAAGAAUUCCUUAUACUGAUAAACGCUCAAAAGAUAUUUGGCAUUCCUGAUGUGAUGAAAUAAUUAACUUCCUUGUAAGCUCUUGACAACAUUGCUUUUUACUACAACUACAAUCUGUAUAUAUUGAUCAGCUUUCUGAAAUUAAUUUUGUUUUCAUACAAAUCACUUUUUUGAUCAUCUUGGCACUGGACCACAAUGAAGCAGUAAUUUUCAUGGCGUAUUUUAAAUAUUGCACUAGUAAAGGUGGAUUUAAAA